GAGGGUAGACAGAAGGACUUCUCGCCGGCCUCCGAGGAAGCUCGAGCCGCCAGGUGGAGGGUAGGUGCACGGUGGGACUUCCAGCCUGCGCGGGGCGGCCUAACGCCGAGAGGAUCGAACCUGACUCGACGGACGGUUUCUAGCCGCCUAAAGGGCCGCCCGAGGCGUCAUGGUUCCAAGAGGCACGUCCCGCGGCACCUCGGGCCCCUACGUGGAGAACGGGGGGGUGGGCCAGGCUGAAGGAGGGGCUUCCAGCGGGCGGCGACGAGGGACGCGCGCCAGCCUGAGGGCGGAGGCGCAGCCGGGCGCACCGAGGGGGGCGACCCACAGGGCUUGUUCGCUGGCGGCGGCCUCCCUGGGGCCUGGAGGGGCGUGGCCGGGGCGGGGUGGGGCCUGCGGUCGUGUCCCGCCCCCACCCUCAGCCCCAGCGCCCGCCAGACCCGCGGGAGUCCGACGCGAGCGCCCAGCGGACCCCGGACCACCGCUCGGACGCUCGGACCCGGCCAUGGCGUCACUGCUGCCACUGCUCUGCUUCUGUGCCGCCGCCGCCGCACACCUGGCGGGGGCUCGAGGCACCACCUCCCCCGAGGAGCCCACAGCACCAGCCUGGGGCUCUGACGGUCCAUCGCUUCGCCCUGGCCAGCCCUCGCCAGCCCUGGAGGACUGGGAAGAGACCAGCGAGUGGACGUCCUGGUUCAACGUGGACCACCCGGGCGGCGACGGCGACUUUGAGAGUCUGGCUGCCAUCCGCUUCUAUUACGGGCCGGCGCGCGUGUGCCCGCGGCCGCUGGCGCUGGAGGCACGCACCACUGACUGGGCCCUGCCAUCUGCCGUCGGCGAGCGUGUGCACCUGAACCCCACGCGCGGCUUCUGGUGCCUGAACCGCGAGCAGCCGCGCGGCCGUCGCUGCUCCAACUACCACGUGCGCUUCCGCUGCCCCCUCGAGGUCGCCUGGGGCCCGUGGGGUCCCUGCUCCGCGACCUGCGGGCCAAGCCGUCGCUUACGCCGCCGCCGCUGCCCCAGCCCCACUAAGAAUGCGUGUCCGGGGCUUUCCGUGGAGGCGCAGAAGUGUGUGCGUGCUCCGUGUCCAGGGUGCAGUUCCAAAACAUGCAGGUGCCCUGACCACACCCUCCUGGGCUCGGUGGUCACCCCAUCUGGGCAUUCGCUGCCAGGAGCCAGGAUCUCCCUGCGAGACUCACCUGGCACUGUGGCCAUCAGUGAUGAGCAUGGAACCUUCCGGAUGCCUGGAGUCUGUGCCAGCAGCCGGGCCAACGUCAGUGCCCAAAUGGACAGCUUCUUAGCAGGUGUGGGCCAGGCCCAGGCUAAUGGCUCCAUCUCUGCUGUGGUCACCGUUGUCCUUACUAAGUUGGAGAAGCCGUACCUGGUGAAACAUCCUGAGUCACGUGUACGAGAGUCCGGCCAGAAUGUGACCUUCUGCUGCAAAGCCUCAGGCUCCCUCACGCCCAAGAAAUACUCCUGGUUCCACAACGAGACUCUGCUGGACAGGCGAGAGCACAGGUAUGGGGCCCACCUGGAGCUGUGGGGGCUGCAUCCAGACCAGGCUGGCUCCUACCACUGCAAAGCGUGGAACGACGCGGGUGCUGUGCGCUCGGGCACUGCCUGGCUUACUGUGCUUGCCCCAGGCCAGCCAGCCUGCAGCCCUCAGCCCCAAGAACACCUGAUCAAGCUCCCGGAGGAUUGCAGUCAACCAGGCCAUGGCCCUGCCUAUCUGGACGUGGGCCUGUGCCCAGACACCCUCUGCCCCAGCCCUGCGCGCUGGAGUCCCCGGUGUGGGGAUGUAGGCUCUCGCUGCUGUUCGGUUCAUCGCCUGGAAAGCAGGGAGAUCCAUUGCUCCGGCUACAUCCUCCCAGUCAAGCUGGUGGCUGAGUGCAGCUGCCAGAAAUGUCAUCCUCGUCGGGGACUGGUCCGGGGACGCGUGGUGGCUGCAGACUCAGGGGAGCCCCUGCGCUUUGCCCGGAUCCUGCUGGGCCGGGAGCCCAUUGGAUUCACCUCCUACCAGGGUGACUUCACCAUUGAGGUGCUGCCCUCCACCCAGCGGCUGGUGGUGACUUUCGUGGACCCCAGUGGUGAGUUUGUGGACACUGUGAAGGUUCUACCUUUCGACCCUCGAGGUGCUGGCGUGUACCACGAAGUCAAGGCCAUGCGGAAGAAAGCUCCGGUCAUCUUAGAUGCCAGCCAGCGCAAUACGAUCCCUCUUGGAGAGCAGGAAGACGAAGCACCCCUGGGCGAGCUGGUCCUCCCGCCAGGAGUAUUCCACAGGACCAAUGGUGAGCCCUAUGUGGGGGCUGUGGAGGCCCGGGUGACGUUCGUGGACCCCCGAGAUCUCACCUCGGCGGCUGCCGCCCCCAGUGACCUGCGCUUCGUGGACAGUGAUGGCGACCUGGCCCCGCUGCGCACCUACGGCAUGUUCUCAGUGGAUCUUCAUGCUGCAGGCUCCGCAGAGCAGCUUCAUGCUGGGCCCGUGGCCGUGCGUGUGGCUGCCGACCAGAUCCGCAUGGCGGGCCACGUGGAGGCCCUCAAGCUGUGGUCCCUGAACCCCGACACCGGCUUGUGGGAGGAGGAGAGCAGACUGCAGGGCCAGAGCUCGGCGGCGCCGCGGGUCCGCCGGGAAGAACGGGUCUUCCUGGUGGGCAAUGUGGAGAUCCGCGAGCGGCGUCUCUUCAACCUGGACGUGCCGGAGCGCCGCCGCUGCUUCGUGAAGGUGCGCGCCUACGCUAACGACAAAUUCACCCCCAGCGAGCAGGUGGAGGGCGUGGUGGUCACGCUGGUCAACCUGGAGCCCGCCUCUGGCUUCUCAGCCAAUCCCCGCGCCUGGGGCCGCUUCGACAGCGCUGUCACCGGCCCCAACGGCGCCUGCCUGCCCGCCUUCUGCGACGCAGACCAGCCGGACGCCUACACAGCCCUGGUCACGGCCACCCUGGGCGGGGAGGAGCUGGAGGCCGCGCCCUCCCGGCCACGUCUGCUCCCUGCCACUGUCGGCGUGACCCAGCCCUACCUGGACAGGCUGGGCUACCGGCGCACGGACCACGACGACCCCGCUCUCAAACGCAAUGGCUUCCACAUCAACCUCGCCAAACCCAGGCGGGGGGAUCCCACCGAGGCCAAAGGCCCCGUGUACCCGUGGCGCAGCCUGCGGGAGUGCCAGGAGGCCCCGGUGACCUCUAGCCACUUCCGCUUUGCGCGUGUGGAGGCAGACAAAUACGAGUACAAUGUGGUGCCCUUCCGCGAGGGCGCGCCAGCCUCCUGGACUGGAGAUCUCUUGGCCUGGUGGCCCAACCCGCAGGAGUUCCGGGCCUGCUACCUGAAGGUGAAGAUCCAGGGCCCCCAGGAGUACAUGGUCCGCUCCCACAAUGUGGGGGGUAGCCACCCGCGCACCCAGGGACAGCUCUACGGGCUUCGGGAUUCACGCAGCGUCCGCGAUCCUGAGCGGCCAGGCACGUCUGCCGCCUGUGUGGAGUUCAAGUGCGGUGGGAUGCUGUUCGACCAGCGCCAGGUGGACAGGACGCUGGUGACCGUCAUACCCCAGGGCAGCUGCCGGCGAGUGGCCGUCAAUGGGCUCCUGCGGGAUUACUUGGCCCGGCACCCCCCAACAGCCCCGGGGGAUGACCCGGCUGCCUUCGCCAUGCUAGCGCCACUGGACCCUCUGGGUCACAACUACGGUGUGUACACGGUCACUGACCAGAGCCCCAGACUGGCCAAGGAGAUCGCCAUCGGCCGCUGCUUCGACGGCUCCUCUGACGGCUUCUCCCGGGAGAUGAGGGCUGACGCGGGCACAGCCGUCACCUUCUGGUGUCGGGAGCCAGUGGCCGGCCGGCGCAGCCUCUUCCAGAGGCUGCUGGAGUCCCCAGCCAUGGCGCUUGGUGACAUCCGCAGGGAGAUGGGUGAGAUGGCCCGGGCACAGGCCCAGGUCGGUGGUGUCACCCGCAUCCGCCAGGGCAGGGCCAGGCAAUGACCUGGGACCCCAGCCUCCCUCAUCCGUCGUGCUCUGGAUGCCCGUCCCUGGGAAGUCCCACUCCCCGCCCCCAAACGCCCCUUCCCCAGGUUGCCGGGUCCCUCUCCCGCCCAGAAUUCAGAGCCAAGAUAAGAACUAGAAGUGUCCAGUGGUGGCAGCUCUCGCUGUGUGACAUGAGAUGGGGUUCGUUUGGACCGUGGGACUGAGGGGGCUCCGAGUGGGGCCUGGAGGGAAUCACUUCCAGCUCACGUGAUUUUAUGUGUACUUUGACCCUGAUUUCAGAUAUUCCGCCCCCUGGGACUUCUGACCCUCAGCCUGAAGCCCCCUCCACAUGGCCCUGAGCCAGGCGCUUUACCCGGUCAUCUGUCCCAUGCCUUGUUCUCUGGGUUAUUUAUUGAAACAAAGCCUGUGGGGCUGGUCACUGGGGUGAAUGGGUCAUCUGGGCCCAGUGAAAGUCUGGGACAGGGGCUUCUUGGCCCUGGAGCUGGGGACCACAAUUUUCACAUGUUUGGUGCUUGGGCACCCCCUCACGGGGUUGGGGCAGGGAGUCAAUUAAAGAUGCUUCAU